AUGCACAAGGCCUACGACGAGCGCCUGAAGACGCUGGGCGACAAGCCCACCGACACCUGCACCACGCAUUUCUGCGCCGCCGAUUCCGAAGGCAACAUGGUGGCGCUGACCCAGACCCUGAUGAGCCUGUUCGGCUCCUGCGUGAUGCUGCCCAAGACCGGCAUCACCAUGAACAAUGGCAUGCUGUGGUUCGACCCCGAGCCCAACCGCCCCAACUCGAUCGCGCCGGGCAAGAAGCCGCUUUGCAACAUCUGCCCGGUCGUCGUCGUCAAGGACGGCAAGCCGUGGUUCUGCAUCGGCGCCUCGGGCGGCCGACGCAUCGUGCCGGCGGUGUCUCAGCUCUCGCUCAUGAUGAUCGACCGCGGCAUGGAAGUGGAAGCCGCCUUCCAUCAGCCGAGGGUCGAUAUCUCGGGCGUCGGUCCGAUCCGGGUGAACCGCGACCUGCCCGACGACGUAAAGAAGGCGAUCGCGGCGAAGCUGCCGAUCGUCGAGGUCGACAAUCCGGUCUCGCCGCUGGGCUUCGCCAACCCGUCCUGCAUCGUGCGCGAUCCGAAGACCGGCGAGCUGACCGGCAUGAACGAGGUUAUGUCUCCAUGGGCCGGCGGCGCAGCACAGUAA